AUGCUCAAAUAUGGACGCCCAAAAGCGAAUCUUCGCAACAGCCUUGACCGCGACGUCUAUCAGAUCGUGAAGAAGCUCGAAGAUGAACGCACGGCCAACCAGCCCAAGGACAGGAAACGCGCAAAGCUCACCAUCUCGGGUGUCUACGACAUCAUCAAGAAGUCCAACUCGAGUCUUGCUCGGCAGAAGAGGAAACCCCUGGAAGAUGCCAUCGAUCGCUGCUUGGACUUUCUGAAGCAGGAACAGUCCGAUUCUGAAGACAGUGAGGCGGCGUUGGAUGAGAUCAACGAGUCAAAUAAACCCGAAGAUCGCUUCUUGCUCAACCGACAGAUGGCCAAACAGUGGAACACCACGGCCCAAGGCGCUGAGGGGAAGAGCACCAAGCGGCGACGCCUGUCUCCAGAGCCAGACGCCGUUAACGGGACUGAGGCCGUCAGCGACGGCUCUGCUGUUACCCCCGGCAAAUCGUCCAAGCCCAACGGAACGGCACAGGCCGAGGCUCAACUUUCAGGAACAAAGAAGGCACCGAAACCGCCCAAGUACGCCGCGGAACAAGUCGAUCCGGACUCUAUCGUUCUCGGAGGCGUGGCAUCAACCGUGGACGAACUCGACAGGACCAUAUUUUCACGUCUCAGGCGACCCCAAGGUCGUCAACGCCUCCAAGGAAUGCCCGUUGGCUACAUCAUCUCUGGGCCGCCAGGUACCGGCAAACAGUCCGCCGUGCGAAUGCUCGCCGCUAUCAGCUCUACGCCCAUCAUACCCUUGGGAAAGCAUCUAGAGGAGGCCACAAAGUCGCCAGAGAAGGUUACCAAGAUCAUAACGGAUGUCUUCGACGAAGCCACAAAAUGUGCUCCAUGCAUCAUCUUGAUUGAAGGUUUGCACGACUACAUGCCCAAGUCGGGCAACACACAGAGUGACCGAGAGCAAGAAAUUGUGACCCAACUCAGGAUAGGCAUGAGACGCCUACGGGACUGGCAGCGGGAGAAUGAACCCGUCUUCGUUGUGGCUACUACCACCAAGAUUGAAACCAUCGACGCCAGUCUAUGUACGCCCGACCUCUUCGCCCGCACUCUCAACAUCAAAGUUCCCAACGCCGAUGCGCGCGAGGCCAUCUUCCGGGUACUGUCUUGCAACCUUGGCCUUCCGGAGAGCUUUGACUACAAAACCCUGGCGAUCCGGACGCACGGCUUUGUCGGUCGGGAUAUCCAAGCAGUCGUCCAAGCUGCAAUCGAACGGGCUCACGACCGCCUCAUCGACCUCGAAGACGCCCACGCCCGCCAAAGUCUGACUUGGAUCCCCCGGCCAGAACCGACCGAAGAACCUGUCGACAAGCGAGACACGGCUGGCAUAAGGUUCCGCUACGAGUACCUCGCCGCCGAAAGUCUCACGCCCGCUCCUCAAGUCCACCUCACGUACGAAGACUUUGCACACGCCGUCUCAGAACACACCCCGCACAUGCGCCGCGAGGGCUUCAGCACCAUCCCGUCAACGACCUGGUCCGAGGUCGGCGCCAUGCACUCGGUCCGCGCCGCCUUCCAAGUGUCCAUCGUCCGCCGCAUCAAGGAGCCCCUCCUCUUCGCGCGCUUCGGCAAGCAGCGCCCCGCAGGCGUCCUCCUCUUCGGGCCCCCCGGCUGCGGCAAGACGCUCGUCGCCAAGGCCGUGGCCAACGACGCCCAGGCGAGCUUCAUCCUCAUCAAGGGCCCCGAGCUGCUCAACAAGUACGUCGGCGAGUCGGAGCGCGCCGUGCGCGAGCUCUUCGCGCGCGCCAAGAGCUGCGCGCCUUGCAUCCUCUUCUUCGACGAGAUGGACUCGCUCGUGCCCAAGCGCGAGAACACGUCGACCGAGGCCGGCGCCCGCGUCGUCAACGCGCUGCUGGCGGAGCUCGACGGGGCCGGCGACCGCGGCGAGGUCUACGUCAUCGGCACGAGUAACCGGCCCGACAUGAUCGACCCGGCCGUGCUGCGCCCCGGUCGUCUCGACAAGCUCUUGUUCGUCGACAUGCCGACCGAGGACGAGCGCGUCGACAUCCUGCGCACCAUUUACAGGAACGGCAUCGGCGGCAGCGACAAGGCGGCCGAUGCUGUGAUGGAGGGCACCGAGCAGGGGGCCGCGGCGGCCGGCGGCCCUGACGUGAUCGAGACGGUCGCGCGGGACCCGCGGUGCAAGGGCUUCAGCGGCGCCGAUCUCUACGGACUGUACAAGAACGCGCUGGACGCGUGCGUUCUGCGGUAUGAGGGCGGCGACCCGUCCCUGUCCCCGGCCGACUGGGAGGCUGCGCUCGAGCAGACGAAGCCGAGCGUGCCGAAUCCCGAGAGCUAUCGCAAGUUGGCGGCCAAGUUGCACCACCAGAGGUAG